AGUCCGCCCCAAUUGUGACAAUGUCAUGGCAACUCGUCAUUAGCAACUUCGGCGUUGUCUUGUCGUACGGUUACAGGGCACGACAACGCGAAAGGAUCUGGUACGAGGCCGGCCUGUGUCGCUGUCCAGCGCAUUGUGUUAGUAGUGCGAAAUGGGGCCCAUUUCAUCAAAUACGCUUGCUGUAUCAAAGCGUCUUCGCUUUAUUUUUGUGCGCAUGCUUUGGAAGUACAUUUCAAGAAUCAGUGGAAAAAAUGAAGAAUUUGAAUUUGAAGUUGCUACAAAGGGCGUUUCAUUCUAUAAAUGGCUUAAUAAAACGACUUCUUUUUCUGGUAGUCAACAAAAAGUUACAGUUAGGAGUGUCUUAGUAAGGGUUGAAGAGGGGUAGUUUGUCUUGUGCUGAAAACGUAUUUAGCUGUGAGUUGCACUUGUGUUAGU